AACAACAUCCUACCAACCCGUAAAUGGACGGCAAUCGGGACGAAAGCGAACGGUGCGUCGAUUUGGCCAAAUCGGCGAUUCGCGAGUGCGAUCACCACAAGGCCAUCAAAUAUCUGAUUAAAGCUCAACGACUGUAUCCGUCAACGGAGGCCAAAGAGCUAUUGGAGAGAUUAAGACAACAACAAGAAGAAGAUAACGGCGGCGACAACACCGCCGAUAAAAGCCAAUCAUCGGAUCAGCAAAAGGAUUCGCCAACACAUAGUAGUAGUAAUAACGAGCCGAGACACCGGUCGCGGUCUAGUAGUUUUGGCCGCACUGCCGGCGGCACCGCCGCCGCCGAUAGCAAUAGUCAUACAAACGGUGGUAAUAGUGGUAUAUAG